CCGGUCGGCAUUUUGUUCUGCGAGAGAGAGAGGGAGUCUGUGUGGAUUCUUUUAUGAGCGCCCAGGAACCUUUCGGCACCGAAUCGUUUUCUGCCAUCGUCCGGAGUAAAGUGCGAGCUUCCGCGGACGCCUACGAGAGGAAUGACCGCCUCCAGUCCGUCUUCAUGUUCGCAGUGAGAGGAAGCGGUGCGACCCGGAUUAUUGUUGUGAGAGGGACACAGCGAGCCCGAACCCCCCACCUUCACCUUUCAACAACAGAGCCUCAGCGAAAGAUGUAAAGGUGGAUCAGUGAGCAGCGACACUGAGCGACCUGUGCAUCCACGCGAGCUCCCUGCCCUUCUUCAGCAUGAAUGGGGAUAUGCCUCAUGUUCCUAUCACCACUCUCGCUGGGAUCGCAAGCCUCACUGACCUGUUAAAUCAGCUGCCUCUCCCUUCCCCUCUACCUGCCACCACCACUAAGAGCCUGCUAUAUAAUGGGAGGAUCGCUGAGGAGGUCAGCUGUCUGCUGUCCCGGCGGGAUGACACUCUUGUGUCCCAGCUGGCCCACAGCCUCAACCAGGUGUCCACCGAGCACAUAGAGCUGAAGGACAACUUGGGCAGUGAUGACCCAGAAGGAGAUGUGCCUCUACUGCUACAGACGGUGCUGUCCAGGAACCCCAAUGUCUUCAGGGAGAAAAGUACGCCCACCCGAUACGGGGUUCAGGGCGGUUUAAUGCAACAGCCAAUGAUACCACCGUACAAGAUGCCUCAGAAUUCAAUGCAUGGAAGCCCGGCAUCAAACUACCAGCAAACCACUAUAACUUCGAGCCCUCCCAGCCGAUAUGUUCAACCUCAGGCGGGCUCUGGUACCAGGUACAUGCCCCAGCAGAACAGCCCAGUGCCCAGCCCGUAUGCGCCACAGAGCCCCGCAGACUACAUGCAUUACAGCUACCCUCAGCACCAACAGAUCCAGCAAGUAUCUGUAUCCAGUCCGAUAGUUCCUAGUGGCAUGAGGAACAUCCAUGACAACAAGGUCUCCUGUCAAGUGUCGGGUAACUCCAACCAUAAUGCGAGGCUUUGCUCCAACGAUGAGUACAUCAGCAUCGUCCAGAGACUUGGAAAUGAUGAGAGUGACCCCGCUAUGAGAAAUGCCUCUUUUCCUGUACGUUCCGUCUGCUCCCCUGCAGGAAGUGAAGGAACUCCGAAAGUUGGAUCUCGGCCGCCCUUGAUUCUUCAGUCUCCUCCACCCUACACCUCCCCAAGAGAUGCUGCUCCUGACCUCCUGUUGGACUCUCCCGAACGGAAAAAGAAGCAGAAAAAGUUAAUGAAAGAUGAGGGGGGUAAAGGUGCAUUGUAUGACAUUGUCAGCUCACCCACUAAAGACUCCACAAAGCUAACAAUAAAGUUGUCUCGAGUGAAGUCUUCUGAGACUGAGCAGUCAGCUGAACCGUUGUCGGCGGUAGAGCAUGGCUCAGAUGCUGAGAAUGAACUAUCGUGCAAUAGCUUACCAUAAGAUGGUUCUGAAUCCACUGGGGUCUUGCGGCUUAAAUCAAAGACAGAUGGAGAGGUGCAGAAGACUGUAGAUGGUCGUCCAGAAGUCAUCAAGCAACGGGUGGAGACUAUGCCACAGAAAACCGCUUCAGAUGGACGACCAGAAACUCCCAAACACAAGCACGAGAACCGCCGGGAGAUCUCCAACAAAGUUAGUUCGGAAAAGAAAUCGGAUCCCUCCAAGCACAGACAUGACGGUAAACCUGACAAAGUGAGGCCUGAGGGAAAAUGUCAUGAAACUCCCAGAAAACAGGAAGGACGGUCGGAGUCGACUCGAGAGAGCAAAGGGGAGAGGCAAAAAGAUCGGGAAAAUGAAGGCUCUAAAGUCCGACGACCAGACACAUCUAAGUCCAGCCGGGUAGAGCACAACAGGGAUGUAGAUCGGGACCAGGAACGGGAAAAAGAAGGGGAAAAUCGGGACAAGGAGCGAGAGAAAGAUCGAGACAAGGUGCGGGACAAGGAGCAGGAGAAAGAUCAGGACAAGCUGCGGGAGAAAGAUCGGGACAAGCUGCGGGAGAAAGAUAGGGACAAGGUGCGAGAAAAAGAUCGGGACAAAGACCGAGAGAAAGACAGAGACAAGGAGCGUGUUAAAACUCGGGACAAGGAGCGGGUAAAAGAUCGGGACAAGGAGCGGGUAAAAGAUCGGUACAGGGAACGAGAAAAAGAUCAGGACAAGGAACGGGAGAGGGUCCGGGACAAAGAUCGGGAUCGAGACCAAGAAAAGAAACGACACACAGAAUCAACAGAGGCCCGGGACAAGCGGUCUCCUGAGCAGCGCUCCCGUCCUGACAGUCCACGGGUGAAGCAGGAACCUCGUAGUGGAGCAGAAUCCCGAACAAAACCUGAACGGUCAGUCCACAAAACUAACAAAGACGAGAAACGGAGUGGAGACAAGAACCGACUCGAUGGACACAGGCCUCCGUCCUCGGACAGUAAAACAGUAGAAUUUCCCAACUACCUACUGGGGGGCAAAUCAAGUGCAUUAAAGAACUUUGUCAUUCCCAAGUUGAAACGGGACAAAGAUGGUAACGUGAUGCAAGAAAUGCGACGAGAGCUGUUUUCCGAGCCACUUGUGAAAUUAGAAAAACUGGACCUGGUGGAGGACCUCAAUAAGGGCGCCAAACCUGUUGUUGUUCUGAAGAAACUUUCCAUUGAUGAGGUCCAGAAAUUGAUCAGUAAUUCGCGCAGCAAGUCAAGCAAGAGCAAGUUGUCUUAUGGAAAAUUUGGAGAGAUGGAUUCCCGCGCACCACUGUGUGAGAGGGUGAAAAUGAAUAAACGCAGACGCAGCUCCACUAAUGACAAGCCCAAGUAUGCUGAAGUCAGCUCAGAUGAUGACAGUAGCUCUGGCAACAACUCACUGAGUGCAUUAAAGAACUUCGUCAUUCCCAAGUUGAAACGGGACAAAGAUGGUAACGUGAUGCAAGAAAUGCGACGAGAGCUGUUUUCCGAGCCACUUGUGAAAUUAGAAAAACUGGACCUGGUGGAGGACCUCAAUAAGGGCGCCAAACCUGUUGUUGUUCUGAAGAAACUUUCCAUUGAUGAGGUCCAGAAAUUGAUCAGUAAUUCGCGCAGCAAGUCAAGCAAGAGCAAGUUGUCUUAUGGAAAAUUUGGAGAGAUGGAUUCCCGUGCACCACUGUGUGAGAGGGUGAAAAUGAAUAAACGCAGACGCAGCUCCACUAAUGACAAGCCCAAGUAUGCUGAAGUCAGCUCAGAUGAUGACAGUAGCUCUGUAGAACAAAUGAUGGACUCCUCCACGUUCAAGAGAUUUUCCACCAGUGUUGACAACAUUCUUGAAAACCUUGAAGACGUGGACUUGACAUUGUUAGAUGAUGACGAGAUUCCUCAGGAGCUGCUCCUCGGAAAACACCAGUUGUCGGAGUUGAGCAGUGAAUCAGCCAAAAUAAAGGCUAUGGGCAUCAUGCAUAAGAUUCCUACUGAUAAGAUGGUGAAGGUCCAGAGUAUUUUGGAAAAAAAUAUUCAGGAUGGUGCGAAGCUCUCCACCCUCAUGAAUCAUGACAACGACAGGGACGACGAGGAGCGUUUGUGGCGUGACCUCAUCAUGGAACGUGUCACCAAAUCUGCUGAUGCUUGUCUGACGGCUCUUAACAUCAUGACCUCAGCACGAAUGCCGAAGGCUGUUUACAUUGAGGAUGUUAUCGAGAGGGUCGUGCAGUACACCAAGUUCCAUCUACAGAACACGUUGUACCCGCAGUACGACCCCGUCUACAGGGUGGACCCUCGUGGUGGUCAGUUUUGGACAUUAAAACAGUGGCCACAAAGUGUUAUACGACAAGAUGUCUCGUCUCUAGGUAUCACUCCAUUCUUUGUUGAGAAUGUGAGUGAGCUGCAGCUUUGUGCCAUUAAACUAGUGACGGCUGUGUUUUCUAGAUACGAGAAGCACAGGCAGCUGAUCCUGGAGGAGAUCUUCACCUCUCUUGCAAGACUGCCAACCAGCAAGAGAAAUUUGAGAAAUUUCAGACUGAACAGCAGUGACGUGGAUGGGGAGCCCAUGUACAUUCAGAUGGUGACGGCGCUGGUUCUGCAACUCAUUCAGUGUGUGGUCCAUCUACCUUCUGAUAAGGAUUUUGAUGAUGAUAAUGACAGAAAGGUUGAUAAGGAUGUAUUAAUCACAAACUCGUAUGAGACUGCAAUGAGGACAGCACAAAACUUCCUCUCCGUUUUCCUCAAAAAGUGUGGUAGUAAGCAAGGUGAGGAUGACUACAGGCCACUGUUUGAGAACUUUGUUCAGGAUCUACUGUCCACAGUGAAUAAACCUGAUUGGCCAGCUGCAGAGCUGCUGCUGAGCCUUCUGGGAAGGCUGCUGGUUCAUCAAUUCAGUAAUAAGCAGACAGAGAUGGCUUUGAGAGUGGCCUCUUUGGAUUAUUUGGGCACAGUGGCUGCACGUCUUCGCAAAGAUGCUGUCACCAGCAAAAUGGACCAGCGUUCAAUCAACCGCAUCCUCGGAGAGAGCUCAGGUGGCGAUGAGAUUCAGCAGCUGCAGAAGGCUCUGCUGGGUUACCUGAACGAGAAUGUAGAGACUGACCCGUCACUAUUGUUUGCGCGAAAGUUCUACAUCGCGCAGUGGUUCAGGGACACCAGCACUGAGACAGAGAAAGCCAUGAAAUCGCAGAGUCAGAGGGACGACGACUCGUCCGAUGGGGCGCACCAUGCAAGGGACGUCGAGACCACUAGUGAGAUCUUGCAGAAAGCCGAAGCGCGCAAGAAGUUCCUCCGGUCUGUUAUCAAGACCACGGCAUCGAAAUUCAGCUCUCUGAGAGUAAACUCGGAUACUGUCGACUAUGAGGACUCGUGUCUUAUUGUGCGAUAUCUGGCCUCCAUGAGGCCGUUUGCACAGAGCUUUGAUAUUUAUCUCACACAGAUUUUGAGAGUCCUUGGUGAAAGUGCCAUCGCGGUGAGAACUAAAGCGAUGAAAUGUCUUUCUGAAGUGGUUGCAGUGGAUCCGAGGAUUCUGGCACGGUCGGACAUGCAGCGGGGAGUUCAUGGCCGACUGAUGGACAAUUCCACCAGUGUGAGAGAAGCUGCGGUAGAGCUGCUGGGGCGCUUCGUACUGAGUCGACCACAGCUAACUGAACAGUAUUAUGACAUGCUGAUCGAGCGCAUCCUGGACACAGGCAUCAGUGUGAGGAAGAGAGUUAUUAAAAUUCUACGGGACAUCUGUCUGGAGCAGCCCACCUUCAACAAGAUCACAGAGAUGUGUGUAAAGAUGAUCAGGAGGGUCAAUGACGAAGAAGGCAUCAAGAAAUUGGUAAAUGAGACAUUUCAGAAGCUCUGGUUCACCCCAACACCUAAUCAUGAUAAAGAGGCCAUGACUCGCAAGAUUCUCAACAUCACCGACGUGGUCGCUGCAUGCAAGGAUUCCGGUUACGACUGGUUCGAACAACUCCUUCAGAAUCUGCUAAAGUCAGAAGAGGAUGCCUCGUACAAACCGGCCAGGAAGGCUUGUGCUCAGCUGGUGGACAGUCUCGUAGAUCAUAUUCUGAAAUACGAGGAGUCUCUCGCUGACUGUGAGAAUAAGGGGUUGACAUCCGAUCGCCUAGUGGCAUGUAUCACAACGCUGUACCUGUUUAGCAAGAUCCGACCCCAGUUGAUGGUGAAACAUGCCAUGACUAUGCAGCCAUACCUGACCACAAAGUGUAAUACUCAGAGUGAUUUUAUGGUGAUCUGUAAUGUGGCUAAAAUCCUGGAGCUCGUUGUUCCUUUGAUGGACCAUCCGAGUGAAAACUUCCUCACCACCAUCGAAGAAGACCUGAUGAAACUCAUCAUCAAAUACGGCAUGACGGUUGUGCAGCACUGCGUGAGUUGUCUUGGUGCGGUUGUCAAUAAGGUCACCCAUAACUACAAGUUUGUGUGGUCUUGUUUCAACCGAUACUAUGGAGCACUAAACAAGCUGAAGUUGCAGCAUCAGGAAGACUCGAACAGCACUGUACUGGUCUCUAAUAAACCCGCUCUACUGCGUUCACUCUUCACUGUGGGUGCCCUAAGCCGACACUUCGACUUUGACCAAGAGGAGUUCAAAGGCAGUAAUAAGGUGGUCAUAAAAGACAAAGUGCUGGAGCUGUUGCUGUAUUUCACUAAAAAUGAGGAUGAGGAGGUGCAGACCAAGGCCAUCAUUGGUCUAGGCUUCCUGUUAAUCCAGCACCCAGGGCUAAUGUUUGCUUCAGAUGUGAAAAACCUCUACAACUGCCUCCUGGCUGACAGGAAAACGUCAUUGAAUCUGAAGAUCCAGGUGCUAAAGAAUCUGCAGACAUACCUGCAGGAGGAAGACUCGCGCAUGCAGGAAGCCGACAGGGAGUGGAAGAAGAUGUCUAAGCAGGAGGACUUAAAGGAGAUGGGUGACAUCUCAUCUGGCAUGAGCAGUUCUAUCAUGCAGCUCUACCUCAAGCAGGUGCUGGAGAGCUUUUUCCACACGCAAUCCAGCGUAAGGCACUUUGCCCUCAAUGUAAUCGCCCUGACACUCAGCCAAGGCCUCGUUCAUCCUGUACAGUGCGUUCCGUAUCUUAUUGCAAUGGGAACCGACUCGGAACCUACUAUGAGGAAUAAAUCUGAUCAACAGCUGGUGGAGAUUGAUAAGAAAUACACAGGAUUCAUUCACAUGAAGGCUGUGGCGGGGAUGAAGAUGUCCUAUCAGGUGCAGCAAGCCAUCGUGGAUUCAAAGGACACAGUAAUCAGGGGUUUCCGACAGGAUGAGACAAACAUGGCUCUUUGCUCUCACCUCUACACCAUGGUGCGCGUAAACAGACAACACCGCAGGGCUUUCCUCAUCUCGCUGCUCAACCUGUUUGAUGACAACACGAAGUCAGACGUGAACUUGCUGCUGUAUACCGCAGACAAUCUCGCCUGCUUCCCAUUUCAGAGUCAGGAAGAGCCGCUGUUCAUCAUGCACCAUGUAGACAUCACACUAUCAGUGUCCGGCAGCAACCUGCUGCAGUCCUUCAAAGAGUCUUUGCUAAAAGAGCCUAGACCACGGGAAAAGAAGAAAAAACGAGGGAAAAAAUAUGGCUCUGAGGAAGAGGAUGAGAGUAGCAGAGGAAGCAGCAGUGAUAGCAGCGAUGAUAGUAGCAGAGGAAGCAGCAGUGAUAGCAGCGAUGAUGUCAUCCGUCGGCCCAAGAAACCCAGACGAUCCACCGCAGUGAACUCUGACUCAGAUUCAGACCUCGACUUGGAGGACGUAGACAAGGUCAUGCAGCGUCUACCUGACAACCCCGAGCCCUUACUGGAUUUUGCCAAUGCCUCUCAGGGCAUCUUGCUGCUCCUGAUGCUCAAGCAGCACCUUAAGAACCUCUACGGCUUCUCUGACAGUAAAAUUCAGAAGUACUCGCCUACGGAAUCUGCAAAGGUUUAUGAUAAGGCUGUAAACAGGAAGGCCAAUGUGCAUUUUAACCCACGGCAGACACUGGACUACCUGACGAACAACCUGUCCAAUGCAGAUCUUACUUACGAUGUCAAGAGGAGAGUCGUCAGACAGUAUUUAGAUUUUAAGGUACUGAUGGAGCGCUUGGACCCAGAUGAGGAAGAUGAGGAAGGGGACGCUUCAGCCAGUAUCCACGCCAGAAAUAAAGCCAUCACUGCUCUACUAGGAGGCUCCAGCCCCAAGAAUAAUGCUGCCGACUCGUACGACGACGACAGUGAUGUGGACGAAAAGGCUCCUGGGUCGUCACGGAGAUCCAGAAGAGGCGGAGAUUCCGCAGAGGCAUCAGGUCACAUGAACGAAACGGUAAAAGCCAUGGACGUCAUCGCUAUCUGCUGCCCCAAGUACAAGGACCGGCCGCAGAUAGCGCGCGUUAUUCAGAAGACAAGCACAGGCUACAGCAUUCGCUGGAUGGCCGGCUCGUACUCCGGCACCUGGGCGGAGGCCAAGAAACGCGACGGACGUAAACUGGUGCCUUGGGUGGACACUAUAAAGGAGUCUGACAUUAUUUACAAGAAAAUUGCCUUGACAAGCGCACACAAACUGUCCAACAAAGUAGUGCAGACUUUACGUUCACUGUACGCAGCCAAGGAAGGAACUUCCAGCUAAUUAAAUCUGUAAUAACUCUGGAACUGUUACACCCAACAGACUUUCAGCAGCCAAACUUCAUCAGGAUUUAACGUUUUGUAAACUUAAGUCGGAGAGAAAAGAGUACUACAGACUCACAGGUUUUAAGAUCCAAGGCAGGAACUGGUCGAAUUCAAGAACGACGAUUUUAAAAAGUGUGGUCUGUUUGGAAAUGUAGAUGUGAUUCCUGUACAUCUUUUAAGUUAAACGGAAAAGAAAGAAACAGAGCUCCUUCGCUGUUGUGCAGCAACUUGGUUGUUUGAAUUUUUUCCCCCCUCCACUGUAUCAUAGUUUAACACAAAACAGAAACAAAAAAUGUUUAUAUCUCUGACGAAAAAAAAAAUCUGUUUAAAGAAAUAAACCUAAAGUGAAUGUUGGAAAUUAGUCUGUUGAUGUUCUUAAUAAAGUGACCUUGGAGUUUAACCUAGCACCGGAUGGAUUUCUUUAGCUUAGCUCAGUUUCCAGGGAAAUAAACUUUUAAACAUCUCCUCUGCUUUAUGUUCUACUUCUUUUGUGCUGUAAAAUGGAGUCUCCUGGACAUAAUUUAUUCGGUUGAAAGCAGAGCAUGCAGUAUCUGUCGCCUACAUGGAAGGGAGGGUUUUUUGUAAAUCUAGAUUUUGAUGUACUGGGUCAGGAUUUGAGUCUCUACACCCCACAGUGGGACGAGGGACCCCCAGCAUGUGUGGAGGAACAAAUACUGCAAUAAAUUUUUUACUUCUCUUUG